CGCCACGCGGAAGAAGAUUGGCAGCAAAAUCAAACGACAGGUUGUCAGACAGGGUUUUCUGGUCAGAGGAGCAGAAUUUCCUCUCAGUAACUUCGACUGUUGAGAGAAAAAAUUGCUGGGAAAAUGAAAGAAAGCUAUUGGAGACUUGUUCUAGUGAUCUGUGUCGGGCUAGCGCUGGUACCGAGCCGUUCGGGCGAGUCCGUCGGAGGAGGUAGUAGGGGCACGCCGCCGCAUGGCCACUUGCAACCCAUCGGUAACCAAGUGCCUCCCGUCGGCGCGGUGGAAGUCUUGCAAGACGUUCCCCACCCGAGAGACUUCUACCACAAGUACGUGAAGCCCGGGAAGCCCGUGGUCUUCAAGGAUGCCGCGAAGGAGAUGGCGGCCUUCAAGCUGUGGACAGACGAGUACCUCAGUAAAAACUAUGGGGACAUGACUGUCUUUGUUGAAGAGGGAAAGAAGGAGAACCGUUCCUGGCCUUCGUACGAUGUACCUUUCCGAGAGUUCCUCAGCACCUACAAGAGCAGUGAUAUCUACUUAGUGGAGAGCAUCAAACCUGCGUUGAGAGGAGAGUUUAUGUUGUUGAAGAGCCUGCUGUGUGGAGGUUUUGUGGACUACCUGCAGGACGCUGUGAUGUGGUUCAGCAGUGGAGGCACCAAGUCUGUCCUGCACCUGGACGCCACUGACAAUAUUAACUGUCUCUUUGAGGGGUCCAAGGAGCUGUUCAUGGUUGAUAAAAAGGAAUACAAGCAUAUUGACAUUGACCACGAAGAGGGAUCCUUCAGCGGCGUUGAUGUGGAAAAAGUUGAUCUUUACAAAUAUCCAGGUCUAAAAGAUGUACCCUGGUACAAUGCUACAAUGGAAGCAGGGGACUGCCUCUUCAUUCCAUACAAAUGGUUCCACCACGUGAGUUCGACAGCGUCUGAGCAGAAGAGAAAUGUGGCAGUGAACAUCUGGUUCACCCAUCUGUACAGGUUCGAUGAGGAAGACUGCAGCAAGAAGGAAGACCUACCCGACUUUGCGCCUCUCAGUAAAUACAAGUUUGUGGCACCCACAGAGCAGAUAAGGACAAUGGUGUUGGAGGCAUUUGCAGAGAGAGACUCCAUCAGCACAGAGGAUCUGGAAAGCUUGUCAUUUGACACUGGAUUUGAAGUGGACAUGAGCUACAAACUAGAUAUUUUUGAAACCCUGGACCUGAACAAAGACUUUGUGGUGACAGUGGAGGAAGUUUACCAGGUGCCGGCAGAACACUUGGAGGAGCUUUUCCCAGACUAUGCAGAGAACACACCAUACGGUGACAAGGAUGAGCAAGGCAAACCGCACGGUCAUGAUGAGUUUUAAGGGGCGAAGUUUUAAAGUGCGAAAUGGGACGAAAUGGAACGAAAUAUGUAUGAAGUACGUUGGAACGGCGACGUUAGUGUCCGCUCGACGUCCAAACGGCAACGUUAGGAUUGAUGGUAUUCUUAGAACCGCAACGUUAUAAGGUCGAUCAGGGUAUGUUAAUAAUAAAGAGACCACAACGUUAUAAGAUGGAUCGGGGUACUCAAAACUCACUUUAUUAUUAAUGUACCCUGAUCGAUUUUAUAAUGUUGUGGUCACUUUAUUAUUAACGUACCCUUAUUGAUCUUAUAACGUUGCGGUUCUAAGAAUACCAUCAAUCUUAACGUUGCCGUUUGGACGUCAAGCGAACACUAACGUCGCCGUUCCAACGUUGGACGUCGAGCGGACACUAACGUCGCCGUUCCAACGUUGGACGUCGAGCGGACACUAACGUCGCCGUUCCAACGUACUUCAUACAUAUUUCGUUUCAUUUCGUUCCAUUUCGCACUUUCUGUACACCGGAUUUAAGACCCUUGUGAUGUCAACGUUUCAUUUCGUUGGGUCUUUGACUUGAUGAAAUGAUGACAAAAACUAAUGUAUUUUUUGAGGGACUGUACCCAGGUAUGCAGUUUCAGGACUUGCACAAAGCCAAAAUCAAGUUUUCUUGCCAGCAUUUGUUUUCUUGAAUGUCCUUUCCACGGUACAAAAGGUCAUAUAAUCAAGGGAAGGAAUUGC